AUGUAUCUACUAUUACCUCAACCUUGUUUGAAGGAAGAACUUGUUUGCAAUGUCUCAGAAACUGUGCGAGAUUCACGAAAUAAAGUUACAAUCGUUGGAUCAGGAAUGGUGGGAAUUGCUUGCGCCAAUGCUCUUCUUUUUCAGAGAAUAACGAAUCAUUUAGCGAUGGUGGACGCUUUUCCAAAAAAAUUAGAAGGCGAGGGUAUGGAUUACUGUCAGGGUUCAAUUUUUCUCGACAAUCCACGAAUUGAUUACGAUACAGAUUUUUGUGUAACAAGUAAUUCGAAGGUGAUAAUAAUAACGGCCGGUGCACGUCAAAAAAAGAAGGAAAGUCGAUUAGAUUUGGUGCAGAAAAAUGCGGAUAUUCUCAAAAAUAUAAUACCACCUUUAGUUCAAUAUAGUCCGAAUGCUGUUUUUCUUGUCGUUACAAAUCCAGUUGACAUUUUAUCGUGGGUAACAUGGAAGGUGAGUGGUCUGCCAAUUAAUCAAGUAAUUGGAAGUGGGACGCACCUAGAUAGCGCCAGGUUUCGUUACAUGAUUGCCGAUAGAAUUGGCGUUGCUCCCUCCUCAGUUCAUGGACAUAUUGUUGGCGAACAUGGGGACAGUCAAGUUCCCUUGUGGUCUGGAGUGAAUAUCGCGGGAGUACAAUUUCGUGAUAUUUUGCCAAACAUCGGAUUAGAAACGGACGAAGAAAAUUGGAAAGACGUCUUCAGUGAUGUUGUAAAAUGUGGAUCGACGGUCAGAUGCUUGAAAGGAUAUUCAAAUACUGCCGUUGGUCUUGCGGUUGCUGACAUAACAAGUGCAAUUCUUCGGAAUACUCUCCAAAUAAAGACAGUUUCCACCCUCAUGCAGGGUCACUACGAUAUUUGUCACGAGAUAUUUCUCUCGAUUCCCUGUGUCGUCGGGGAAAAUGGUAUAACACACGUUGUCCGUCAACGAAUGACGGAAUUAGAAAGAAAAUUAUAUCAAACAUCCGCGAACGUUGUACAAAACAUACAAAAGAACAUAAAACUCUAAUUUUUCAAU